AUGGGGCCGCGAGGCCUCCCGCCACUCCUGCUGGUGUUCUCUGGCUGCUGCGCCUCCGUGAGCGCCCAGACCUGGGCCACCCCGGCGGUGACGACAGAGCGCCCCAAGUCCACGGAGGCAGCCUCAGCCACUCUCGGACCCUCUCCGUCGGCUAGACCCCCAGUAUCUCCCAGGCCCACCCCGGUCACGGACGUUGCUGCUCUGUGUGUCUGUGACUUGUCCCCAGGACAGUGUGACAUCAACUGCUGUUGUGAUCCUGACUGCAGCUCUGUGGAUUUCAGUGUCUUUUCUACCUGCUCAGUUCCAGUUGUCAUGAGCAAUAACCAGUUUUGUAGUCAAAAAGCAGCCAUCUAUUCAAUGAAUUUUACAGCAAAUCCACCUCAAAGGGUAUUUAAACUUGUCGACCAGAUCAACCCAUCUAUUUUCUGCAUUCAUAUUACAAACUAUAAAUCUGCAUUAUCAUUUAUUAAUCCAGAAGUACCUGAUGAAAACAGUUUUGACAAGUUGAUGAAAACAUCUGAUGGUUUUACAUUGAAUACUGAAUCAGAUGUUUCCUUCACAACCAAAUUGGAUGCUCCAAAUACUGCUAAAUAUGAGUAUGGGGCUCCUGUGCAGACUUCAGAUUCAUUUCUGAGAUUUCCUUUGCCCCUCUCAUCGUCUCUGUGCACUGACCAUAACCCUGCAGCAUUUCUAGUGAACCAGGCUGUUAAGUGCACCAGAGAAAUAAAUUUAGAAGAGUGUGACCAAAUUGAAGCCCUUCGCAUGGCUUAUUAUAGCAGCCCUGAAAUUUUGAGGCUUCCUGAUGCUGCUUAAAAGGUCUCUAUCACUGUUCAGUCUAUCGUCAUGCAAUCUCUAAAUAAAACGCUCACCCAGCUGGAAAGAACUACCGUAGUAUGGCCGAUGCUCAUCAACGCUGGACCUGUUAGCAUCUGCAAGAAUGUCGUUCUUGAGGUAAAGUACAGCCUCACAUAUACAGAGGCAGGUGAAGUUAUAAAAGCUGAUCUCUCUCUCCUUCUGGGGACAGUUAGCAGUAUAACAGUUCCACUGCAGCAAAAGUUUGAAAUUCAUUUUACUCAGCAAAAUACAAAGCCGGUUCCUCUCAGUGGAAACCCUGGUUAUGUUGUGGGGCUCCCGCUAGCUGCUGGCACCCAGCCGCAGAAGGGAUCUGGAAUUAUUCAGACCAUGAAUAGAUAUGGACAACUUACUAUUCUUCAUAGCACAGUUGAGCAAGACUGCUUAGCAGUUGAGGGGAUCCGGACCCCAGUAUUGUUUGGUUACAAUAUGCUAUCUGGUUGUAAACUAAGACUGACCAGAGCUCUCCCGUGUCCGCUGGUUGCACAGAGGGUAGAGAGCCUGCUGAAGGGCCAGGCUUUCCCAGAUUAUGUGGCCCCUUUUGGAAAUUCACGAGCUCAGGAUGUGCUGGACUGGGUACCCAUCCACUUUGUCACCCAGUCAUCCAACAUGAAGGAUUCUUGCCAGCUCCCAGUGGCUUUGGUUAUAGAAGUGAAGUGGACUAAAUACGGCUCCUUACUAAACCCACAGGCCAGGAUAGUCAAUGUAACUGCAAAUCUAAUUUCAUCCUCAUUUCCUAAGACCAAUGCAGGAAAUGAAAAGACGAUUCUUAUUUCCACUGUGGUUACUUUUGUUGACGUGUCUGCACCUGCAGAGGCAGGCUUCCGUGCUCUGCCAACCAUCAAUGCCAGGCUGCCCUUUAAUUUCUUCUUCCCAUUUGUUUGACGUAAGUUGUUAC